AUGGACUCUCGACACGACAUGGACGGCCACGGAGGUAUAGGUGCUUACAGGCCGGUGAACAAGCCGCGUGGGGGAGUAUGGGGUGGAUGUAAGCACAGCGCAACGCAGGCGUACAGAAGCGAGCGGCGUCGCCUGCUCUCUGCGCCGCCACGCCGGCAAGACUUCCGGGGCAUGGCAGCCUCGGCGGUGCUGUUGCUUCAAGCGUGUACGGGGACGCGUGUGUUGGAGGCCGUGGGAUGGCGAUCGCCUCGUCACCAGGAGCCUGCGACGGGCCCUGUGGCAUUCUGGCGACACAAUGGGGGUUACGAUUGGGCUGCAGUCGAGGCAGAUGGCCUUCAGCUUGCUUUGUUGUUCGGCGUGGACCUGUCGACCGUUGCCCACGCCUUGCUUGCUGCCCUGUUUGGCCCUCCAAACCUCGCCCUCGGCUUGUUCAUGCAGGGCAGGGGCCAGGUGUCAGUCAUCUGUGGCGGAGGGACGAAUCGACUGCACCUAGAGAUUGGGCAGAUGGAGCUAGAGGCGCCCUGGUGGUGGGCGAGGAACGGAGCGACGGGAACGGUGGGGCAGCCUUGGGGCAGCUCUGGCAGCUCUGGCGGCAGCUCUGGCGACAGCCUGGGGGAAGCUAGACGCCUGCCCCUGUGA